AUGGGCGCCGGUUUGAUGAUCCUAAACAGAGGAACGGUAUCCACCUUCAUGGACUGCAGAAGACAAGAAGUAUUAGACAUCACCAUCAGUACUGGGGGACUGGCGGACCUGGUGCGGGACUGGAGAGUAUCUGGGGAGCCCUCGGGCUCUGACCACAGGCAGGUUCGCUACGAUCUCCGACAUAUGGUAAAUAAAGAAUGGGGUCGAAACCCAAGGACUACAAACUGGGAAGGCUAUAGGAUGGACCUGGAGGCCAUCCUGAAGAAAGCCCCGAACAGAUUUCACUCAGAAGAAAAUCUUGAAUACGCGGCGCAGUUUGAAAGUGACGCGAUAAAAGAAGCCUAUGAAGGAAACUGCCUGGAGAGAACGAAAUACUCUACAAGCAAAACUCCCUGGUGGAGCAAGGAGCUUUCAAAGCACAGGUUGGAAGUAAGAAGACUCUUCAAUAAACCAAGGAGGAAGAACUCAACAGCCGAUUGGGAAGCGUAUAGAAAAGCCCAACGCGGCUAUAGCAAAGCAAUAAUCAUUGCCAAAAGAAAACUCUGGAGGGAUUUCUGUAAAAGCAUUGAGAGCGCUUCAGAAGCAUCCAGGCUAAACAGAAUCCUCAGCAAAGACAAUACCCUACGAUUGGGAUGUCUUAAACUCCCAAACGGAAAUUAUACCGAGACAGUAGAGGGAAGUUUAAAACACCUCAUGUCUACACACUUCCCAGGGUUCCAGGAAAGACACUGUGAACCUCAACAGGAAAUCAAGAAACCCGGGGAAAAACAUAAACCAAGAGAAUGGACACUGGCAGCUAAGAUGGUGACUCCUGAUGGAGUUGAAUGGGCCAUCAAGACCUUCGGACCAUAUAAGACUCCAGGACCAGAUGGCAUCUAA